GAAGAAGAAAGAUGUUCACAACAAAAGCGUGAUAAAGUAAAGUUAGGACACAAGUGAAAAGAGUUUGAACCCCAGAAGACGCCCAGAUACAGAGUUAAUUUCGCAACACACUUAGUUUGUUUUCUAAGGCUUAAGCGAACUAUCACCACCAAAACUAGGAUUCUGGGUCUGAUCCAGAGGCUAACAGACCCUCGAAAGUGUGUUCCUUUCUUCUUCUCACCUCCCAAAAUACAUGGAUUCCAAUGAGCCGAUGCUGCUCCUGAGUUCCCGGAUUGGUCAAAUUGGUGAUCUUGGUCUUGAUUUGCUAUGGCGUUUCUUACACAUAGUUGUGAGCUUAUUCCACAUCGUCUCUGGCAUCUUUGAGGCAAUCCAAAGCUACGCGAUCUCGUUAGGACUGAUUCAAAAGUACAGUUCCGUAGACAUUGAGAAGCUCAGGUGUCUAGCUGUUGUAUUGGAUAUCGAAGUAGCUCGAGAUGUUGCCAAGGUUGUUGAGCUUUUACAAUGGCUAAAGACCAUUGGGGUGAAACAAGUUGGUCUAUUUGACUCACAAGGUUUGUUGAAGAAGUCCAAGGAUAUGAUCCUUGAAAUGGUGCCAGGUUCAACGUUGUUACAGGAGACUGGUGAAAAGGACAUUUCUCCUGACCGGAAGGAGGGCAUUGCUAUAGAGUUCAUUUCGUCUUCCGACAAUAAAGAAGCUGUUGUGAAAGCAGCCAACAUACUACUUAAGAGACACUUGAAAACCAGCCAUCCUGAGAAGGAUGAAGGGAACAACGUUUUUACCGAGUCUCAUUUGAAUGAAGCAUUAAGGGUUGUUGGUGAGAACGUGCAUGUGCCUGAUCUGAUGCUGGUUUAUGGACCUGUGAGGAGCCACCUCGGCUUCCCUGCUUGGAGACUUCGAUACACUGAGAUCGUACAUAUGGGAUCUUUGAAGUAUAUGAGAUAUGGUUCCCUUCUGAAGGCAAUCCACAAAUUUACAGGAGUGCGCCAAAACUAUGGGGUUUAAUGAUGAUUGUCAAGGCGCAGAUGGUUAUAGAGCGCAGAGCUUCAGAGAUUAGUUUUUGGUUUGUGAUUCACAUAUAUGUCGUUUCAAAUGAGACAUUAUAGGAGAGUUACUAAUCUAGUGCUGCCACCAUUACUGCAAAUUUGUUCACAUUUUGUUCUGACAACCAGUAAUGCUACAGAGUUCAUUGCA